UAGAUAUUUGGACAGUCGGGAUCUUUGCGGAGAUCAUCCAAACCGAAGUUGGAUCUCACUGAGUAGUGUGAGUACCCUUGCAGGGUAUAAACUUCAUUUGCAGUUCAGCCUUCAGACUUUGGCCUCCAUUGCUCUGGCUUCCAGAUGGCAGAAAAACCAAAACUUUCCCAGACAGAGGUAGGCUGCAACUACUCUCUAGAUGUGUCCCUGGGGAUUACCAUCCUAGAGCCACCCUGUAUAGGGGAUGCCCCACUGUACCAUGUGCAUCAGAAGGAUGGGUUGCUAAUCUGCGACAACUUCUUGCUAGGAAGUUGCCUGCUGCGUGAGCAGUGUCCACGCCACCACACCCCUUUCCCUUACCACUGGCAGUGGCGGCGCCAGAAAGACCACGUGUGGCUCAGUUUUAGCUUCUCAGCUCAACACCAUUUGGAGAGACUGUACUGCGAUCCGGACGUCAGCGAAGUAAAGCUGGUGGACAGGAUGGGCUUUGUCCGUCUCUUAAAUUUGGACACCAUGAAACUCCGAGUGAUUAUGUUAUAUGACCAAGUACGCCGUCUGUCCAACAGCAGCGACCCAGCACACAACCCUUACUUUCCUGCAGAGUGGAAGGUCUAUUGGAAAGAACUGGGGAGCUGGAGAGAAUACGAGGAGCCAGUUGGGCAGGAACUUGUGGCUGCUUUUCAGCGGGGACUGUGGAACCGUGCGUUUUAUCUAGACGGUCGCCUCUACAAUGUGAACUUCAAAAAACUGACCCAGCUUAAUGUCAAGACACUGUUCUCCCGUGAUAUUAGGUGCCGACCGGUCUUGCGCUCAUGUGCUAAUAUUGCAUCUUACUUGCGGUCCGUUGCCUCAUCCCUUCACACCGCAGCAAUCCCUGGGGAGGACCCUUUGGAUCUGUACUGUGGGUCUUAUCCUGCUGAAUGGGUCCCACCGCCCCACGGGGACUUAGCUUUUACAAUGGUAGAGGUGACUCUGCCAGAGAUGGCCUACCGGAAGGUGAGCAAGUGCUUCCAUGACUCCUUUCCUGAGGACAAGGUGGUGGUGCUGGCUAUCUACCGAAUACGCAAUGACCAGGUUUGGCAGUCAUACGUGAGGCAGAAGAAGCUCAUGUCCCGGAACCGUUGCCCAGAGGAUCAACGCUCCCUAGAGAAACAUCUUUUCCAUGGCACAGGAACAGCCCAGAUAAUGUCCAUUUGCACAAGGAACUUUGACCCCCGCUUGGGAGGGGUGAACGGCAGAGUUUAUGGGAAAGGGAGUUAUUUUGCCAAGGAGGCGGUGUAUUCGCACACAUACGCCGAAGCGGCCCGGGACAACGUACACCACGUGUUCCUGGCCAAAGUAUUGACAGGGUACUCGGAGAUAGGCGGCCCGAAGCUGAAGCGUCCUCCGACUGGGUAUGACUCUUGCACAAAUUGCACUCAAGACCCCAGCCUCUUUGUUGUCUUCAAGAGCUGCCAGUGCUACCCGUACUUCCUAAUCCGCUACAAAGUCUUAAUCAGCUACAAAGAAGAACUUGUGCCAGUAGCUGUAGACGGGUGAAGCAAGAGAGCCCUCCUCUCUGCCUUGGCUGCUAGGGCUCUCUCCAACAUGCCUUGUCUGUGUCAAGCAAUAAGCGACGCUCAGUUGCAUCCCC